AUGGGUUGUUUUUGCCAUGGCCGCGAAAUUCUAUUGCUUAUCUCAUGUCCACAACAGAACGCACACAGCUGCCAAAGUCUGCGUGAGAACUUGCGGCAACAACGGCAACAAAUAUCCGAAUUAGAAGCGAUCCCAGCGGAUUAUGAUUAUGUCAUUAAGGUGCACAUAAUGCAUGAACUAUUCAAUUACUGGACAAUAUUGGACGCGAUGCCGCAAUUGCGAAGCCAGACACGUUUGCUAAAUGCGAACACCGAUUGGAUUAUUUGGUGUCAGCAUAACACGCACGUGUCCUCCCUACGAGGUCUCCUCGACCAGCUAAAUCGCCGGAAUGCUCAAGAGCUGGCAUAUUAUGGACACGCAUUGUACGAUGCUGAGGCAACAAUUGUGCAUCACUUUGCGCACUAUAAGAAUCCAACAUGGUUUCCAUAUCCUAUGCUAAGUGCUGGCGUUAUUUUCACAGGUGCUCUGCUGCGCAGUCUGGCCGAACUUGUUGCUGUUAAUGCCCUCAAUGCCACCAGGCACAGCGAAUUCGCCAUAGAUGCGGCCCAUGAGUUGGCCCGAUUCAUUUUCGAUAAUUUAGCACCUUCUGUGCCAAAUGAUGGCAAAAUAAUUUUGAAAAGUGCUGCCUACAUUUGUCCCUCGCCGGAGUCGGUGUCUAAGCCUGUGUCUUGUGUGUUGCAUGCGAAGCCUGAAACGGCCACUGGGAAUGCUGUGCAUUGUGUGCACACAACUGGAGCACACAUCUAUUUUGCAAUCAAAACCUGUGCAAAAUUCCAUAAGGAGCGUAUACCAAUCAUCGAACGCACCUGGGCAGCCGAUGCCAAGCGACGCAAAUACUACAGCGAUGUGGCAGAUGCCGACAUACCGACAAUCAGCACCGGCCUACCAAACGUUCCAACUGGACAUUGUGCCAAAACAUUGGCAAUUUUGCAAUUAUCCCUCAAGGAUAUCACACAGCUAACGGACAUACGUUGGCUGAUGCUCGUCGAUGAUGAUACUCUACUAAGUGUGCCCCGUCUGAGCGCUCUGCUGAGCUGUUACAAUCACACGGAGCACAUUUAUCUGGGCGAACGAUAUGGCUAUCGAUUAUAUGCGCCGGAUGGCUUCAAUUACCACACGGGCGGUGCUGGCAUUGUGCUCAGUGUGCCGCUGGUGCGGCUCAUAGUGGAGCAGUGCAGCUGCCCGGCGGCCAACGCACCCGAUGACAUGAUACUCGGCUACUGUUUGCAGGCAUUGGGUGUGCCUGCGUUGCAUGCGUCCGGUUUGCAUCAGGCACGGCCACAGGACUAUGCCCCAGAGCUGUUGCACCUAAAUGCGCCCAUCUCAUUUCACAAAUACUGGCAGACAACUCCGGAACACACGUACAAACGCUGGCUGGCAGGUGCCUUGGGCAACACGAGUGUGCGUCAUGUGGCUGGCAAGGAUCGGGAUGAGCGGGCAACGCCGAUGCAGCUAACUGGCCAUGGCCUGCUGCAGCUGGUCAACAUGGCAACUGGCUUGGAUGGCACCACAAAGCAUCUGGAUCUCUAGAUACAAGAUAAUGAAUUCAGAUAUACUCAACAAAAAUGGCUCUCUCCAUUGAGAACAUAUGUAUAUUGAUAUGGAUGGCAAUUGAUGUGAAAUAAGAUGAACGAAAGAUUGUGAAAUGAGAUUGAGUUCGUUGCAUCUCGUUAAUCUUAAGUAAAUGCAAUGUAAUUUAUAAUUUUUUCUUAAAUAUAUCUUUACUUUAGAUCUAUAAGUAAUAUAUUUUUGUUAGCUAAAAUAUAAUUUAAAACACAGGCAAUUUUUUUCUGUAUUAUUGGACUGUAGUAUGUAUAUAACGCAC